UUGUUGCUUUCCUCUGUUUCUCUUUCACAGAUUGGGGCAGUUCUGAAAAAAUUGUUUGAAGACAAUGUAGUGAAACGUGAGGAGUUGUUCAUCACCUCCAAGCUCUGGUGUAGUGAUCAUGACCCUCAAGAUGUCCCAGAGGCAUUAAACAAAACUCUGCAAGAUCUACAGCUUGACUACGUUGAUCUUUAUCUUAUUCACUGGCCUGUACGGGUAAAGAAAGGUUCCGUUGGACUUAAGAUGGAGGACCUUUUGCCUGUAGAUAUUCCUAGCACAUGGAAAGCGAUGGAAGCACUCUAUGAUUCGGGCAAGGCACGAGCCAUAGGUGUAAGCAAUUUCUCCACCAAGAAACUCGCUGACCUCUUGGAGUUAGCUCGUGUUCCUCCUGCUGUUAACCAGGUAGAAUGUCAUCCUUCUUGGCGACAGACCAAGCUACGAGAUUUCUGCAAAUCCAAAGGUGUUCACCUCAGUGCAUACUCGCCGUUGGGUUCUCCAGGGACAACGUGGCUCAAGAGCGAUGUUCUGAAGAACCCUAUACUGAAUAUGGUCGCAGAAAAGCUCGGGAAAUCUCCUGCGCAAGUAGCGCUUCGCUGGGGACUCCAAAUGGGUCACAGUGUGCUUCCCAAGAGUACCAAUGAAGGAAGAAUCAGAGAGAACUUUGAUAUUUUUGACUGGUCAAUACCGGAUGACUUGUUCGUUAAGUUUUCUGAGAUUGAACAGGCUAGGUUAGUGAAUGGUUCCUUCCUUGUUCAUGAGACACUGAGCCCUUAUAAGUCUCUUGAAGAAUUAUGGGAUGGCGAGAUAUGAUGUUUAGCUGAUCUGUUUGGUAUGUUUGUUUUCUUUUCUCUGAUGGAAUUGUCAAUUUCUUAUGGAUGUUGUCACUGAUGUAUCAAAUUUGUUUCUAUUGAAUUUUUAUUAAAAGAAUCUUAUUAUACAUUUUGUAAUGUAAUGUAGUUUUUACAUUUGAUGUUUG